CGCGCUAUAUUUUUCUUGUCUAUCCUCGACUCUCUUUUACCCGCGUAUUUCCUUGAAACAUGGCUUCAUUGGAAGACUAUGAUGAGUUCGGCAAUUACAUUGGCGCUGACCUCGACUCAGACGACGAGGAAGACAUUCAGCAAGAGACCUUCACGACUACCGGACAAGUCAGGGAAGAGUCUCAUGCGCCGUUAGAAGGGUUUGAGGAUGAACAACCUCAAGGGGCAGAGAGCAUGACGCUUAUGGAAGUAGAUGAACUGGUGCAUAACGCGGUCAUUCUUCACGAGGACAAGCAAUAUUAUCCAUCUGCACAGGAUGUCUACGGGGCAGACGUAGAGACAAUUGUGCAGGAGGAAGAUGCUCAACCACUCUCCGAACCAAUCAUCGCUCCUGUCAAGGUUCGGAAAUGGGUCAUAGAGGAGAAGGACCUGCCAGAGACGCGCUUUGACAAAGGGUUCCUGCUAAACAUGAUGUCUUUUCCGGACAUGGUCCGUAACGUUGCUGUUGUUGGUCACUUACAUCACGGAAAAACGGCGCUCAUGGACAUGCUGGUCUUCGAGACGCACAAACUUGUGUGGGAUUCAGAUAAGCAGCUCCGAUACACAGACACUCAUGCUCUGUCCCGGGAGCGAGAGAUCUCCAUAAAAUCCUCUCCAAUGUCACUCGUCCUACGCACCACUGGUGGGAAAUCGCAUCUUAUUCACCUUAUCGAUACGCCAGGGCAUGUCAACUUCAUGGAUGAGGUUGCUUGCGCAUUACGGCUAGCAGAUGGUAUCUUACUAGUGGUUGACGCGGUCGAAGGGGUAAUGGUAAAUACGGAAGCGAUCAUCAAGCACGCAAUUCAGGAGAACGUCAAGGUCACUUUGGUCGUUAACAAAAUUGACCGACUGAUACUCGAACUCCGAAUAAAACCCGCCGACGCGUACUACAAAAUCAAACACACCAUUGAGGAGGUCAAUUCUGUGAUCAGCUCAAUUAACCCAGAUCCUGAACUGCGUGUUAGUCCAGAAAAGGGCAACGUCGCUUUUGCGAGCACCGAUAUGGCUUGGUGCUUCACACUUCGUUCUUUCGCUCAGAUGUAUGCGGAUACUUAUGGCAAAUUCAAUGUCUCAGGUUUCGCAGACCGUCUAUGGGGAGACAUCUACUUCAACACUGAAAAUCGCAAAUUUAAUCGCAAACAGGCUGAUCCAGAGCAGAACCGAACUUUCGUGCACUUUGUCCUUGAACCGUUAUACAAAUUGUACAGCCAGGUCUUGAGUGAAGAGACAGAACAGCUACGCGAUACCCUCGAACACCUCGGGAUCAAGUUAAAGCCCAUUAUGUAUAAGAUGGACGUCCGACCACUUCUUAAAGCCGUGUUGGACCAGUUCUUCGGACCGUGUACUGGACUCGUGGACCUCAUUGCUGAAAACAUCCCAUCACCUGUGCAAAAUGCGGAGAACAAGAUACAGCGAACAUAUAGUGGGCCGUUGUCUUCGGAUGUUGCUCAUGCCAUGCAGAAGUGCGAUCCGGAGGGACCAGCGAUGGUACAUAUCGCCAAGUUGUAUCAUACGACGGACGCACAGAGCUUCCGGGCCUUUGGACGAGUUAUGAGUGGUACUGUGCGUAAGGGUAUGGAGGUGAAGGUGCUCGGUGAAGGGUAUUCGCCUGAAGAUGAGGAGGAUAUGAUGAAGGCUGUUGUCGAGGACCUAUGGAUCGCGGAGGCAAGAUACAACAUUCCAGCAGAGGAGGUUCCUGCAGGCAACCUCGUCCUCCUCGGCGGGGUGGACGCCUCCAUCACAAAAUCAGGAACAAUUGCCGCAGCAGACAUCGACGAAGACCUCUACAUCUUCCGACCAGUAAAGCACAUGACGCAAUCUGUACUAAAAAUCGCUGUCGAACCGAUUCAACCCUCGGAACUCCCGAAAAUGCUUUCCGGUUUGCGCAGUAUCAACAAGUCAUAUCCACUUGUCGCGACAAAAGUCGAGGAAAGUGGGGAACACGUCAUUGUUGGUACGGGCGAGCUGUAUUUGGAUUGUGUCAUGCAUGACCUUCGGAGACUUUUCUCGGAGAUUGAGAUUAAGGUGUCUGAUCCUGUGACACGGUUCUGUGAGACGGUGCUAGAGACUAGUGCAUUGAAGUGUUAUGCCGAUACACCAAACAAAAAAAAUCGGUUAACGAUGAUCGCGGAGCCUCUUGAGCGCGGUGUCGCUGAAGACCUGGAGACGGGGCGUGUCAACAUGCGCAUGUCCGCGAAGGAGCGAGGAACGUUCUUCCAAGAGAAGUACCAGUGGGACCUCUUGGCUUCUCGAUCAAUAUGGGCCUUCGGUCCUGACGAAAAUGGUCCCAACAUCUUAUUAGAUGAUACCUUACCUUCUCAAGUGGAUAAAAAGAUGCUCGGAACGGUGAAGGAGCAUAUCAAGCAAGGUUUCCAAUGGGGAGCCAGAGAAGGACCACUCUGCGAUGAACCUAUGCGCGGUGUGAAGUUCCGAAUUCUCGAUGCAAGCUUGGCACAGGAGCCUAUAUACAGAGGAGGAGGCCAGAUCGUACCUACAGCACGACGUGUCUGCUACUCGUCUUUCUUAAUGGCUACUCCCCGGUUAAUGGAGCCUAUUUACUACGUUGAGGUCCAGGCACCCGCGGAUUGUAUAUCCGCCGUAUAUACUGUACUCGCACGGAGGCGUGGACACGUCACUCAAGAUAUUCCGAAAGCAGGCUCGCCACUAUACACAGUGAAAGCGCUAAUUCCUGUAAUUGAUGCGAAUGGUUUCGAAACCGAUCUGCGAACUGCCACUCAGGGCCAAGCGUUCUGCCUACAAGUGUUUGAUCACUGGUCUAUAGUGCCUGGUGAUCCCACGGAUACGAGUAUCAAGCUUCGUCCGCUCGAGCCGGCUAGCGGACAGGCGCUUGCACGCGACCUGGUACUCAAGACACGCCGCCGAAAGGGCCUGGGUGACCAGAUUUCGGUGUCAAAAUACCUGGACGACGAGUUCGUUCUCGCGCUUUCGGCGUCCGGACAUGCUGAUCUUCUCGGGUAGAUAGCUUUUUCUGUACUGUAGUAGAGUAGCAAAUUUCCCCAAAAUGCGUUACGCUUAGAUGACUUUGCUGCCGCGCGGGAGGUGAAACUUGG